GGCCGGUAGCUACCUAGCUAACUGUUAGCGCACGAUGGGAUAUUAUUUGGCGACUGAAGGUCCGACAACUUCACCAGCUAGCAGACUAACUAAUGUCGGCUAAUUAAUUAACUAACUGACUAGCUGCACCGAGGUGGUUUAUUGUGUACACGCAAAGGUCAUGGACUUCCCGGGACACUUUGAGCAGAUCUUCCAGCAGCUGAACUACCAGCGUGUCCACGGGCAGCUGUGUGAUUGCGUGAUCGUGGUGGGCAGCCGGCAUUUUAAAGCUCACCGUGCCGUCCUGGCCGCAUGCAGUACGCACUUCCGCGCGCUCUUUAGCGUCUCCGAGGGGGACGGUAGCUUGAGCGUAAUCCGGCUGGAUUCGGAGGUGGUGACGGCCGAGGCGUUCUCGGUGCUCGUGGACAUGAUGUACACUUCCACGCUGACGCUGGGAGAGAGCAACGUCAUGGACGUGUUACUGGCUGCGUCUCAUUUGCAUUUAAACGCAGUAGUGAAAGCUUGUAAGCAUUACCUGAACACUCGGACUUUGCCGAAGUCUCCUCUUCGCGAGCGCGGGAGUCAGCGUGUUGAGCAGCAGCAGCUGAACAACGGGUCUAACACACGCCUCCAGCGAUCGUUCCUCCUGCAGCAGCUCGGCUUAAGCGUGGUCAGCUCCGCCCUCAACGAAGAAACCGAGGAGGACGGGAGCGCGGCCGGUCGAGGGGCGGGGUCGGUUUCGGGAAGUGGACUGUUAGACCAGCGUGACUCUUUCUACCCACAACGCCGCUUGCAGAAGCGCAAGCAGUCGUUUUCUCUGAUUCGCUCAGAGGCGGAGAGCCCACGGCAGAGGCCGCGCCUCACUUCACAAGCCCAGGGCAUCGUGGAGGAUUGUGGGGAGGGAGGAGCUAGAGGGGAGGAGCUUCUGUCCCCGGACUCGCAUAGCAAGACCAUAGAUGAGGAUUCCAAACUGGACGUGGUGGUGAUCGGGGCGGACGAGCGAGAUGAGUACAGAAGGGCAGUGGCGCAAGAGGACGUGCAGCUGCCCAGCCAAUCGGACGGCGGCAGAGGGAGCAGGGCAGAGCCUCUGCUUCUGCCACGGAAGGAGGAAUAUCCAGAUGGCGUUGGUGUACACGUGAAAGGUGGAGGUGAUGAAGAAGCACAGCGUAUGCAGGUGGUGGUGAAGAGCGAGCCGAUCAGCUCACCUGAACCUGCAGACGAGACCAGUGAUGUCACGUCGCAGGCCGAGGGCAGUGACCAGGUGGAGGCCGCGGGAGAGAAGCUGGAGCUGAGUCCCGAAGGCAGCGAGCACAGCUUCAGCGACCCUCAGCCCAGCUCCGACAUCCUGAUCUCAGAAAUCAAGGGACCGGUCAUCGAAGGGGAAAGAGCGGGCGAUACAGGAGGAGGUGUAGACCGAAGAGAAAGAGGCGGGGGUCUGCUGAGCUCGAUGAGCUUCGACCGCGGGUCCGUUCCCAACACCACGACAGGGGAGUGCGCACUGGACCACGAGCCCCCUCGUUUCCUGUUCGGCUCCGACUCAUCGUCUGCUAUGCACCUCCCCCUGUCUCAGAGCUUCCUCUCGGGAGAGGCGCAGGAGUUUUCCAACAUGCGUUCCGACGCGCUUCUGCUUCAGCCCGUGCUCGACAGGAUCGCGUCUUCGUCGUCGUCGUCUUCAGAGCAACUGGCGUUGGAGUUUCAGAGGAACAUUUGCCGAGGCGGCGCGUAUAGGUUUCCUCCUUACCGACGCAUCGCGCCGAAAUCCGCAGCGGGAGCCGCUUUGAUGCAGGACGCCGCGUCCUCGUCCUCGAUGCUUGUAAACGGUGCUAAUUUUGACUGUUCUGGCCAACGAGGAAGCAACUCGAACUCGAAUCCUCUGCCCCAGUUGACGCGCGCGUCAGCAGACGUGCUCUCCAAGUGCAAGAAGGCGCUCUCGGAGCACAACGUCCUGGUGGUCGAGGGAGCGCGCAAGUACGCGUGUAAAAUCUGCUGCAAGACCUUCCUGACGUUAACAGACUGCAAGAAGCACAUCCGAGUGCACACGGGCGAGAAGCCGUACGCGUGCCUGAAGUGUGGCAAGCGCUUCAGCCAAUCCAGUCACCUGUACAAACACUCGAAAACCACCUGCCUGCGGUGGCAGAACAGCACCAUGUCGAGCGGACUGCUUUAGGAUGACGUAACGCGCUCCUCGGCGGACUGCUGGACACACACGUGCGUCUGAUGCAGCCUCUACGUUCAUGUUGAAUUUGUGAAGAAUCACCUCGUGCUAAGAGUUCAUCACUGGAUAGAUGACGGUGCCAUCUACUGACGGAGAAUACUCCUACUAAACACUGCAGUUAGAGCUGAAGGAAAGGCCAUACAGCCGCCAUGAUGACAUCAGCUUCCUCUUCGUUUCACAACCAGCCCAGAAGUCUGUUCAGAACCCGUUUUCCUCCCUCACACCCUUCCUCACUUCCUCCCUCCUUUUCUUCCUUUCUCAUUUCCUUCAUCCCUUCCUUCCUCCUUCCCUUCCUCCCUCUCUUCUUUCCCUUGCUCCCUUCCCUCCUAGCACCCACCUUUCCUUCAUCUCUCAUUUUCCUUCCUCCCUCUCUUCCUUCCUUUCUCCCUUCCCUCCUAGCACCCUCCUUUCCUUCCUCUCUGAUUUCCUUCCUCCCUCUCUCUCUCCUUUCCUUCAUUUCCUUCCUCUCUGAUUUCCUUCCUUUCCCUCUCUGUUUCUCUCUCUCCUUUCCUCCAUCCUUUCCUUCCUCUCCCUCUCUCUCUCUCUCUCUCUCCUUUCCUCCAUCCUUUCCUUCCUCUCUGAUUUCUUUCCUCUCUCUCUCUGUCUCUCUUGCUCUCUCUCCUUCCUCUCUGAUUUCCUUCCUCUCUGAUUUCUUUCCUCUCUAUCUCUCUCUCUCUCUCUCUCUCCUUUCCUUCAUCAUUUCCUUCCUCUCUGAUUUCCUUCCUCCCUCUCCUUUGCUCCAUCCUUUCCUUCCUCUCUCUCUCUCUCUCUCUCUCUCUCUCUCUCUCUCCUUUCCU